AGAAAACUAACCUUAAAGCAAAGGGAGAAAGAUGUGAACAGACUUUUAAGUGUUGGUAUCGAAAAAAGGGAGGGGGUAAUGGAGAAAUGGAAAAUCAGUGGAAUAUAAGUGACCUUGAUUGAUCCCUUUUUUUUGAGGUAAAUUUCCUUUUUUUGGAUGAAAAUUUUUUGCGACGUUCCGACGAGGAAGGAAAUUCGGCGCCGCGGAUGGUCUAGAGCGAGAGCGGUGUACAGAAAGCCACUGCGCGAACGGACGCGAGGAACGACGGACGCGAAAUGGCCGCCCCAGGGAUAAAUGGCCCAACUAGAGAAACGUUUACAUUUCAAUUGGUGAAAAAAGUUUUCAAUAUUAAACAAUAAAGUGUGUUUAGUGCGUGGGUGAAAAGUGUUUGUUAAAAUUUCACUUCAUUAGAGGGGAAAAUACAAGUUGAAAAUAAUAUCGACACCAACACACAAACACAUACACUCACUCUCUCUGUCUCUCUUCUUUUAAUACAGUGGUGUGUUGUUGUCUUCUGCUAUAUUGCUCCCUCCAAAAAAAAAGUUCGCUUCUCAGUUUUCUCUCUUUCCUUAUGUGUGUCCAAAUGUCUCUGCGGAUGUGUACGCCUUUUUUUCCAAACGUGUGUUAAUCGAAAAAAGAAAAACUCCUCGAAAUAAUAUACAACAGUGCGAGGUUAUGAACGUUUUGUGAACCGACGCCAGGAUUCUCGAGAGAAAAAAAAUAUUUGUUUUAAUAAAGUGGAAAUUGUGUGUGUGUGUGUGAAAAUAGUGUUUUUGGAGAAAAAGAAAACUACAGUGAAUAGAGAAAUAUUUUUUUUCGAAAAUUAGUGGAAAUUUAUAACGUCCGACGGAUCUGAUUUGGAAAUAAACUUUUCGUUAUUAUUCUACCUGGAAAAUCGGGAGAAAAAGGUGAAUGCAGAAAAUGAGUGAAAUGCCGACAGACGGGGACAUUAAAAAUCAAGGGAAUUCCAUGGUUCCUGUGAGUUAGCGUUGAACAAGAAAGAGACGAAGUUUGCAGGUGGAAGAGAAGAAGAAGAUUGUGGCUGUGAAAGAGCAAACGAAAAAAGAAAAAAAAAAAGAUUGAAAAGGAGGAAAAAUAAAAGGAUCACGUAUAUAUAUGUGUGUAUGUGAGUGUAUAUUUCCUCCAUCGUCAUCAUUAUCAUCAACAUCAGCAACAACAGAAGUGUUGAUGCCGUUAUAAGGGAGAAAUUUCUUCUUCCUUCCUGCUUCAUUGGCCCUUUGAAAUAAAAUAAAAGUCUGUUCGUGUUAUGUGUAUAUGUGUCUCGUCUCGAAAUCGUGAGAAAUGUCUUUGCACGCGAGAGCCGUCCAUCGCUCUCGAGAGUGAGAAGCGUCAUUUUUCAAGGCAAUGACGACGAAGAAUUUGACGUCAUCAUCACUUAAUCCAAAACCACCUCAUUGUCAUUAUUGUUAUUAUUAUCAUCACCAUCAUCAUCAUCAUCAUCGUCAAGUGAAACAACAUGUGGAAAAGACUGAUUGCUGGCCGGGAAAUAUUAUCAUCAAUAAUUGCGUCCAAGCUCGUUGUUGUUGUUGUCGUCGUCGUCAGCGUCGUCAACUAAAUUCUCGAGCUGGACUGCAUGAUGACGGCGGCGAGACGUCGCGCCAAAUUACCACGAAAAUCAACGCCAACAACCACGGAACAACAGAAGGAAGAAGACGAUGCUUCUUUAAGAGAACGUCCAUUAAACAACGUGAGGGACAAGAUCAGCAGCAUCAGCAUCAAGAGCAUUAUCCGAAGAGAAGGGAAUAAUAAAAAUGUCCGUGCGGGUGUGCUAGUGAAAAGAGAGAGAGAGAAAAAAAAGUCGAUCUUUAUAUUGUGUGGUGAUUGGAAGAGAAAAAAAAGUCCGUGUCUCUUUUUUGAAACGUGAUUGAUCGAUUUUUCUGUUUUUUAAUUUUAUUUUUUUUCAAGUGCAGUAAAGUGAG